AUGAAUCGCAUCCGCCGCCCGUGGACCUUCCACCGGCGCGAUACUGACGGCGUACAGACAAACACUCGGGACUACUCGGGAAAAGGCCUCGAUGAAGACACGGCCUCUGCCGAGAAGACGGGCGUCUCCGAGACCCUGCAGCCAGUCGACGUACAGCAAGGCCAUCUCCAGGAAAUCCAAGUCGACGUCGCACACGUGCUACAGGACCAGGAGAUCAGAGAUGUCGACGACGACACUUCCCCAUACCCUGAAGUCCGCGCUGUCGUACCCGAGACCGAUGACCCCGACAUGCCCGUCAAUACCCUGCGAAUGUGGCUGCUGGGAACGAUCUGGGUGUUGAUUGGUGCUGGUGUCAAUCAGUUCUUCUCCUUGCGAUAUCCCGCCGUCCAUAUCGUCUCCAUCGUUGCCGAGCUGCUGGCCUAUCCAAUGGGUGUUGCUCUCGCUCACAUCUUGCCCAUCAUGACACUCGACCUGCCCUACUUUGGCAGGUGGCGCGUGAACCCGGACAAGCACUUCAACAUCAAGGAGCACGUGGUCGUGGUCAUCAUGAGUAAUGUCACCAUAGGAUUUGCAGGAGGCGCGGAUGCGACCGCCAUCAUUCAAGCUGCUAUCAAAUUCUAUGGCUUCGAUCUGUCCCCUGGCUUCAGUGUUCUCGUGGUCAUUUGCUGUCAAGUGCUUGGCUUCGGUGUCGCAGGCCUCUGCCAUCCGUGGCUGGUCGAGCCAGCGAAUAUCAUCUGGCCGGGUGUUUUGGGUAACUGCGCUCUCCUGAAUACCUUGCACAGCCGCGCCAAUGCCAUCGCCAACGGCUGGAAGAUCACCCGUCUCCGGUUCUUCAUGGUCGUCAUGGUAUGCGCCUUCGUCUGGUAUUGGUUCCCGGGCCUGAUCUUUGUGGGACUGAGCUACUUCACCUGGAUUUGCUGGAUUGCCCCAAACAACAUCGUCGUCAACCAGCUCUUCGGCAUGCAGACAGGCCUUGGACUGUUCCCGCUUACCUUCGACUGGUCACAGAUCGCGUACAACACCAAUCCUCUGCUUUCGCCUUCCUGGGCGGCCAUCAACGUCUUUGGAGGCUUCGCCUUCUUCUUCUGGAUCGUUGUGCCGGGAAUCUACUACACGAAUACCUGGUAUACGGCUUAUCUGCCCAUGAUGGACGCGAACGUGUACGACAACACGGGAUCGAGCUACAACGUGACAAAGGUCCUCGCCUCCACCGGCACCCUGGAUCCUGUAGCCUAUGCGAGUUACUCCGCACCCUACUUGCCUGCAACUUACGCUUUCGUGUACGGCUUGUCCUUUGCCUCGAUCACGGCCGUUGUCGUACACGUCUACCUCUGGCACGGCAGCGAUAUUUACUCGGCCCUUCGCGGGAGACAAAAGCUCGACAUCCAUGGUCGAUUGAUGAAGGCUUACAAAAAAGUUCCCUGGUGGUGGAACGUCACUCUACUGGUCAUUGCCACUGCUGUCUCCAUUGUUCUAGCCGAGAUCUACGACACGCAACUCCCCGUCUACGGCGUCUUCCUGGCUCUCUUCAUCCCGGCCAUCUACAUGAUCCCCUGCGGCAUUGUCCAGGGUAUCACCAACGUCGACGCAAAUCAGCUCAAUGUCCUCUCGGAGUUCAUCGGUGGAUACAUGUUCGCGGGGAAGCCUCUGGCUAACAUGGUCUUCAAGAUCCUGUCCGAAGACGUCGUCAGUCAAGGCAUUUUCUUCGCUCAGGACCAGAAACUCGGACACUACUUCAAAGUCGCCCCAAGGACGGUCUUCUUUGCCCAAGGAUUCGCUUGUAUUCUGGGUGCUCUCACCCAGACUGGAGUCACGCUUUGGAUGCUGGGCAAUAUUGACAAUGUCUGUUCGGAGGAUCAGGCGGACUCCUUCACCUGUCCGAACGGCCGUACGGUCUUCUCAUCUUCCGUGGUCUGGGGCCUCGUAGGACCGGGGAGGUUAUACAGUGUCGGAAAGAUCUACUCGUCGCUGCUCCACUUCUUUUGGAUUGGGGCUCUGGUCCCGAUCUUGACCUGGGUAGCAUGGAAGUACACCAAGAAAGAGUGGCUUCGGAAGAUUAACUGGCCUUUGAUCUUUGGUGAGCCAUCCUCCGCGCCGCGAGACAUAUCGACGAUGAUCAAACUGACAAUCUAAACAGUCGGAACCUACAACGUCCCCCCAGCUACAGGUACGUCCACGUCCAUCUGCAAUUCUUUCCAUCCAUUCAUUCUCGACUGACACGUCUCUCUCUCUCUAGGCAUCAACUACAGCUCCUGGGCCAUCGUCAACCUCAUCUUCAACCACUGGAUCAAGACGCGCUUCUUCGCCUGGUGGGCCAAGUACAACUACAUCCUCGCCGCCGCCGUCGACUUCGGCACCGCCUUCGCCGGCAUCGUCAUCUUCUUCGCCGUCAGCUAUCCCGGCUACGCCUUUCCCGAUUGGUGGGGUAAUACCGUCUAUGCGAAUACCGCCGAUGGCAAUGCGUUGGCGUGGAAGGCUAUCCCCGAGCGGGGGUUCUUUGGGCCCGCGAAUGGGACUUGGGGUUGA